AGAAGUAACCAUCACCGGUACAAGUAUAUAAAUAUAGAUAGAUCCCUCCACCUUUUCAAUAAGAAAUCAUCUUUUCUGCAUUUUUUUCCGUUCCAAUAAGAAUCAAAUACGUACCGCAAAAAAAUAAAAACAAGAAAGAGGAGAGGAAAAAUGGCAACAAAACUCGCACAAGUUGCAAUCAUCUUAGCCGGAGCCCUCUGCUUCCUCUCUCUUGCAGAUGUCGCCAACUCUGAGGUGCCUCAAUUCAUCGUUAAGGGAAAGGUGUUCUGCGAAGUCUGCCGUCUCAAUUUUAUCAAUAAAUUCAGCCAUCCUAUGCCAAAAGCAGAAGUGAAGUUGGAAUGUAGAGAUGAGGGAACCGGGAAAGUGAUGUACCGCUUGACGGGUGGUCAAACCAACGACAAUGGAGAGUACACAUUGUACGCUGAAGGUGAUCAUGGUGAGGAAAUCUGUGAGGUGACAUUGGUGAAGAGCAGCCAGCAUGACUGUGCUGAGAUCCCAACUGACGAUUCGGGAGAGAAGCAAGCAGCGGAAAUCACCCUCACCGUCAACAACGGCUUCCAUGAUAAUAUUCGCCUAGCCAACCCACUCAGCUUCACCAGGAAGAAAGCCCUGCCCAAGUGCGCUAAGCUCUUGAAGGAGCUGGCAGAGGACAAGGAAGACGAUGAGCCCUUGCCUAAAUGAUGCGAUUAUGAUGAUACCGAGUUUAGUUUCUUAUAGUUGUCCAUCAUGUGUUAUAGGUCUGCUCUGAGUUGAUGAUGUGCUACCUAUUACCAGACCACCUAUCUAUCUAUGUAUUUUAUUAUCGAUUUUGAUAGAACAAAGAUUUUGUUUCCUAAGGGUA